AUAACACACUGAGAAUAUGGUACUUGUCCAAGUAGUGUUCGAAAUGCCCGCCCCGCGAUUCUCCCCUGACCGAAGGCGACACGAAGCUCCACACUGACCGCUGCCUCUCAAACUGAAGACACCACAAAAGAGAAAAGAUUUAUGGUGGACUGCAGGAUCUUACUAUAUGUGGAGAUAAAUCUCAUUCAUUGCUUUUUGGGGCAAGAUAAACUUGUAUUCAUCAACCCACGAGGACGUUUGUUGAUUUUACAAGAACCCCUUCAAACUGGGACGCCUGAUUGGAAUAAGCCAGCAGGAUUCGGGGGGGGUGAAGGAAGGGAAGAGGGAUUAGGGGCUUAUCCUGGACAUGACCAAACCUUAAGGAGCCUCCGUCAAGCCAUAGGCUACUAUUGCCCAGAUUAUUACAUUUAAUUUAUUGCCUUUUAAAGACCCUUUAUCUCCCCCUGGAGAUUCCUGGCGAGUGGGCCGCUGGAUUUGAGUAUCUUUAAAAACAAAGGAUCAGGAGCAGAGGCCAGUGGGAGUGGAGGAGCAUGAGGAGAGUAUACAUGCAAGGAUAAAGCAACAAGCCUCCAUGCCGCUUUACACUUCAGCAGGGUGCAGGUCAAGGGUUACUGAAUGAACUUGUAUUGGGAAAGCAUGCGAUCACAUUGAUUACACAAGUCUGAUUAAGAGCAUGUGGCAGCAGACUCUCUGGACCUUACUAAAGAAGGAGCACAUGGUUUCAGUCCUAAACCACAUAUCUGCAGUCUGAGCUGAAUUUAUUUCUGAACUGAUUUUUUUUUCAAAAGCACAAACCUAGAACAACUGUGAAGCCCAGAAUCUUUGACCACAUAUGCAGCAGAGGUUUUCAGGAAUUGGAGUCAUGCAUAUUUUCAGCUCACAUUUAUCUUCACAGAAUCUUUCUGGAUAUGAACAAAGACCGAUGGCCAAAACGGGACAUAGCUGAAUGCGUCUGCCUUUUGAGAAACUUUCCACUCAACUGCAGUUGUUAUUCUUCUGAGAUAUUUUGAAGCUUGAAGGGUGAUACGUGUGUAAUUUGCUUUCUUACGUUGUUCUCACAAUUUUUUUUAAACAAAUUUUGUGGAUUUUUUUUUCCGGAUUCUGGAAACUUACUUUUUGUACCCGGAGACGCCAUGAACUUGGGCAAGCUCGCCGGCCUGAAGGGCCUGGUUUCCCACUCCUCAGGAAAGCGUCGAUUUAAAGGUGACCUCACCCCAGACAUGAUCAGCCCCCCAUUGAGCGACUUCCGCCACACCAUGCAUGUGGGCCGUGGAGGGGAUGUGUUUGGGGACACCUCGUUCCUCAGCAACCAUGGUGGAGCAGGAAAUAACGUAGAUGGAGACUCUUGCACUUCAGAGAAGAAUGAGGGAUUCUUCUCCCGCACGCUUCGCCAUGUCCGCAAGACCCCCGACAGGCCCCGCGGCGACUCCAAGGACCUUUCACCCCCACCUCCAAUCAUUUCUCCAAUCAUAAAGAAUGCCAUUUCCCUCCCCCGGCUGGACGUGGACUCACCCAACGGCUGUCCUGUGAAAGUGCUUUUCCCUAGUUCACCCAAAACACCAGAGAACUCCACAUGCUUGUAUGGUUUGGAGUCUGGCUUUGUAACCUUGCCGAGACUGUGCCGCACUGAGCGUCCAGCCCAGGUCAGUUCUCCCUCAGCCUGCCUGCCUGAAAUCCACAGAGGCUCGCUCACAGACACGGGUAUCCCGUCCUUCCCCUGUUCAGACUCCAUCAGUCCUUCUGACUCAAUGAGCUCCUUCACUCUUGAUUUGGGCCCUUCCCUCAUGUCUGAAGUAUUUGCCAUGAUUGACAGCCCUGUGUGUGAGAAGGCUGAUCCCAUCAGUGAAAAAACACAGUCCACCGAUGAUAACUCUGAGGUGGACUCAGAUGCAACCACAUCUUUGGUGGACUCUCUCCUGAGAGAAGACGAUGACGGUAGGACACGGUUAUAUGGAGGAGAGUGGAAGCAUUCAGACUUUGUAAAUGGUGAGUCACCCAAAAAAUCCAUGCUGGGGGAUCGGAUGCGCUCCGUCUCCAUUGAGGAUCACGGCAUGAUGCCAGAGAGUUUCCUGAGGGCUUCUGAUGUGCUGGCACGUCAUUAUGGGAGUGGAGGACUCAGGAAUACAAACACCAACAACUCUUAUAGGAGAGGACCAUACAGCUAUCCUGAUGAAGAGGAAGAAAUCAAAGUCUAACACUAUGAGAUGCCUAAUGUCCAAAUCGUACAGCACUUUUAAAGGGAUACUUUAAAUGUCAAAAAUGAACAUUCUGUCAUAAUUAACUCAGCCUCAUGUUGUUCCAAACCGGUUUCUUUCUUCUGUGCUAUAAUAAAAAGAUUGGCACAAAAUGCCACUCUUUUCAUUAUAAUGUAAUUGAAUGAGGACUGGGCCUAUCAAGCUAAAUAAUCACAAUAAAAGCACCAUGAAAGUAUCAUAAAUGUAAUCCAUAUUUUUCUGAAACCAUUUUUUUUAGCAUACUAUGAGGAACAGACCAAAGUUCCCAAAAGUCAUUAAUAUUGACUUCCAAUAUUCUGUUCCUCUGGGCUGUGAACUGGAUCAUUGAGUCACUCGCGAACCAAAUCAGACUGGUUUUCUGUACUUGAUAAACUGAUUCAUUGAAAAGAUAGUUCAAUGUUGUUUGGUUCCCAACAUUCUUCAAAAUAUUUUGUUCUGCAGAAGAAAGAAAUGCUUGGAAGGUUUGGAAUGAGAUCAGGAUUUUUCUUUUUGGGUGGGGGGGUCCCUUUAAUAACAAUGAAAUAAUACAUUGUAAAUGUAACAGUAAUUAAAUUUGUUCUGUUCCUCACAGACAGCUAUGGUAUGACUUACAACCCACAAGUCCACAGGAUUACUUUCGUUAAACUUUUGGUGCUUUUUUUGUCAGUUUGGAGUUUACAGUUCUCAUUCAGACUCAUUAUAUGGAAAAGAGCACCAAGGAUAUUCACCUAAAAAUGUUUGUUCCACAAAGGAAGGUCAUACAAGUUCAUAAUGACAUUAUUUUUUGGAUGCACUAUUUCUUAAUUUUUUUGCA